AUACCAGUAAAGAUGUCAGCAGCAGUGAUGAGCUCCUCUUUACCGCCAAACACAAACUCCGCUCCCUCAAAGAACGAUGUUCCUCCUACCGAAGUCGAUCUGAAUGCCUACCCAACAGCUCAGAAACUGGUAUCUCGUUGCCGCGACUUAUUCUCCGAAGUUGAAGACCUGUACCUAUCCACCGCCUCCUAUCCUGCUUGCCUCGCGCUGACAUGGAUAUGUCCUCAGUNNACACCGGGUCACGAGCUUGAAGCCUAUCUCAACAAGAACCAUGGACCUGGUAACCCAGUAUACGAAGAUCUAUGCAACCUAACCCGUCAGGGCCUCAAAGAAGGCUGGGUCGCCAACUUCGAGCUCGACGGAGCAAGGUACAGACGCUCCAAGAUCCUUCUCCCCAGUGCUGAAAACAGAUUCUUCUCCAUCACGACCGUGUAUAUGGAGAGUGAAGAAGAGAUCAACUGUGUCGUGCAGGUCGAUAAGACUGCCGAGUUGAAAGGUAUGCAGAGCUGGCAAGGUGCGGGUUGGACAUCGCCAGGGCCUGGUACGCAUCAUUACCCAGAGGUGCGUGGAGGUGCUUUGGUUGCACUUUUCUUCUUACCUGCUGGUAGAAUCAGUUAUAGGGCCAAGCCGGGUGAUCCUCAACCUGCCAGUGUAUGA